UCUUCCAGCCAAAAGUAUGAGAAGGAGCUUGAAAUCAAAGAAAUCUCUCACAUCAUGACAAUGGAACUGGAUUGGCUUGUCCUUUAUUCUGUUUUUCAACGGCAACGGGCCAUUAUUGGGAUUUCAUAUUGAAAACGAACACCUGAUGAUGGCCUCGUAGUUCACAUUGAGCUCUCACGGCCAGCCACCGUUGACACGAAGCAACAGACACUCUUCCCUACUCAUUGGCACCUCUCUUUACUUUGCUUUGCUUUGCUUCGCUUCUACUCUCUACCUCUCUCAUUCUGGUUAACUUCUUCGAAAAAUCGGCACUACCCAUUUGAGAAUACUCUUCAAUGGAAACUGGGUCGAGCUCAGAUUCCCUGGAUAAGCUUGAGACACGAAGAGAAAGGAAUGAGAGGCUUGGAAUAGGCCCCAAGAUCGAGCCAUUCGUGCCAAGACCGGACCACAAUCCGAAGGAGCUGAAGUCCUGGGCCAAGAGGACUGGUUUUGUCUCCACUUUCUCCAGUGAAAGUGGCUUGAGCAACAGUGAAAAGUUCAAUAGCUCUGGCUUUGAUAUAGAGAGAGGUGGUGGGUCUUCCCCGAAAAUCGAGAUCGACCCAAUUCUGGGCCGUACUCGGCCAAGCAGAGGGACCGAAAUCGAACCGGACUCCGGGUCAGGGAAUGGUUUAGGAUCCGUUAGCGGUGAGAAUCAGAGGAAAGUUAGAGAUGAGCCUGUUUUAGGGGCUAUAGGCGAGGAGAAAAGAUUUGAGUUGAACGGAAAUAAAAAUGGCAAUGUGAAUGGGCUUUCCAACGAUAUUGGAGAUAGAAAUGAAAUCCCUCCGGUUGCUCCGGCUCCGGAGCCAAAAAAAGAGAAUGAAAAUGGUGGAAGAGAGGUGGGGAUUGAUAUGUAUCCAGGUGGUGAAGAGCCUGCAAAUGGAGGAUGGACUAGACCAACUGAAUUGAGAUGUGGGUUGAGAGAGAACCCUGGUUUUGUACCACUAAUGUAUUACGGCAUGCAACACUAUUUAUCUCUAGCUGGUUCACUUAUUUUUAUCCCCUUGAUCAUCGUACCAGCAAUGGAUGGAACAGAUAAGGAUACAGCAACAGUAAUUUCCACAAUGCUUCUGGUUUCUGGUAUUACAACAAUACUCCAUUCCUACUUUGGUACACGACUUCCAUUAGUUCAAGGAAGUUCAUUUGUAUAUUUGGCACCAGCUCUAGUUAUAAUUAAUGCCAAGGAUUAUCGAAAUCUCUCAGGACAUAAAUUCAGACACAUAAUGCGGGAGCUGCAAGGGGCUAUUAUCGUUGGUUCAAUAUUCCAAUGUAUCUUGGGAUUCACUGGUCUAAUGUCCCUUAUUCUUAGAUUGAUUAACCCAGUUGUUGUUGCCCCAACUGUUGCUGCCAUUGGUUUAGCUUUUUUCAGCUAUGGUUUUCCACAGGCUGGCAAUUGUGUAGAAAUCAGCAUUCCUGAAAUACUCUUGGUUCUUAUCUUCACUCUUUACCUUCGAGGAGUGUCAAUCUUCGGACAUCGCUUGUUUCGAGUUUAUGCGGUUCCCCUUAGCGUCAUGAUCACAUGGAUAUAUGCAUUCUUUUUGACAGCUGGUGGAGCUUAUGAUUACAAGGAUUGCAGUCCAGACAUUCCCAGUUCAAACAUCUUAAUUGAUUCGUGUAGAAAUCAUUCAUACACCAUGAAGCAUUGCCGAACAGAUGUUUCUAAUGCUUGGAGAACUGCCGCAUGGGUUAGAAUUCCCUACCCUUUGCAAUGGGGUGUCCCAGUCUUCCAUUUCAGGACUUCAAUAAUCAUGAUCAUCGUCUCUUUGGUUGCAUCAGUGGAUUCGGUUGGGGUAUAUCACUCUGCCUCUUUAUUAGUAACUUCAAAGCCGCCAACUCCAGGAAUUGUCAGCAGAGGAAUUGCAUUGGAGGGCUUCUGCAGUCUAUUGGCUGGAAUUUGGGGUUCAGGAACUGGGUCAACAACCUUGACCGAAAAUGUGCACACAAUCAACAUAACAAAGGUGGCAAACCGAAGGGCUGUGGAACUUGGAGCAGCGAUGCUGAUUCUCUUUUCAUUUGUAGGAAAAAUUGGUGCCAUUCUUGCUUCGAUACCCCUGGCGUUAGCUGCCGCUAUUCUUUGCUUCAUCUGGGCUCUCAUUGUAGCAUUGGGUCUCUCAAAUUUGCAGUACACUCAAGCUGCAAGUUUUAGGAACAUAACAAUAGUUGGAGUAUCACUGUUCCUUGGUUUAUCUAUUCCUGCAUAUAUUCAACAGUACGAUCCUGAAACCAGCUUGAUACUGCCUAGUUAUUUUGUUUCAUAUGCAGCAGCAUCAAGCGGACCAGUUCACACCGGCAGUAAACAACUUGAUUUCGCUAUCAAUGGAUUACUGUCAUUGAAUAUGGUGGUGGCACUCCUGGUGGCAUUUGUACUUGACAACACCGUCCCGGGAAGCCGGCAAGAACGAGGGGUUUACAUAUGGUCUCACGCAGAGGACAUGGCAACAGACCCAUCUUUGCAUGAAGACUAUUCCCUGCCUGCAAAAGUUUCCAGGUUCUUUUGUCGUGCUAGAUGAUGAUUGUAGAGGUCAGGAUUUGUGCAUUAUUAGUGAAGUUUCGUCUUUUCUGAAGACCAUAUAGCACUGCAUGGUCGAAAAACAGAAGAAGAAGAAGAACAGGAAGGAUUAUACAGAAGAAAAAAAGUGUUUAUUUGAAACAAUAUAGUAUCAAUAGUCAAGAACAACUCUUCCAAGCAAUUCUUCACUU